AAUUUUUCAAAAUCUAUCUCGAAUCGUCAGCACCCAUAAUUGCUCCCGUUUGAAAAAUAGGAAUUUUUAAAGUUAAAGAUGCGAUAAGUGCCUAGGAAUUUGCAAUCGAGAUACUCAGACACAACGUUGCGAGGCUGUGAUGGUGACAGUAGACAAUUUCGCUUCAAAAUUGUGCUCAAUAAUUUUGGAAAAAAACUCAAGCGAUGAAGCAAACGAGUGGCGCUUGUUGGGUCAAGAACAAGACGGAACUUUACUAUUUAGCUGGAUACAGUCGAGCAAGAAUCAAGAGCCAGUCACCAAGAUCGGAUUAUACUCAUACUCGUCGAACGACCUGACAAUACUUCACACUUUUGAUACCGUAAUCAAUUGUAUCCAAGCCUCUAUAGACACCAAUAGGACGUAUUUAGCAUACGUGAUUAAAGAAACCGACCCCGAAAACAACAAAGUCUUCUCUUAUAAACCAUAUUUACUGAAAAUCGGACCCGAAAGUACACUUUGUGAUUUAGAGCUUGAACGGUCCAGGCAAAUUUUGGUCCAGUUUCUCUACCAAAAGCACUCAGUUUUGUCUGAGAGUUGUAGCGUGAAGUUUUUGAUUUUAAUUCAUCAAGAAUGUAUACUCCAGUACCAGAUUAAAAACGACAAUUCAGACCUAACGGCUAGUAGUUUCUAUUAUGAAUCUUUAGUUAGGAAAUUCACGUGGGCUCAGUGGGAUCCGGUACAUCAAACUUUGUACUAUAUUCACAACCGUAAACCUAGUAGGUGUUUGGUUGAGGGUGAAGAGGAUGCGGUUUCAAGUUCGGGGACGAAAACGUCACCCACUUUAUCCGGGCUCCAGUUUCAUGAUGAUCUUCCGCAUGAAAGUGUGCUGAACAUUCCGUUGAACUUACCCCACCUAUCGACGGUGUUUGGAAGCUGUGGUAUUUAUGAAGACGACACAGUACCUUUACGGAUCCAUGACUGCUCCUUAGACUUGAUAGUACUGACUGACUCCAAUGGAUACGUCUGUGUGUGUCAUCACUAUUUAUACCAACCUAUACAACCUACAACCGAGCUCAAAGACGACGACACAAGCUUAGUACAUUUCGCUUAUUCGGUUACAGUACUUCACCAGAGUUGUGUUAUACAUUGUGUAGUACCCGGACUCCCUUGGAGCAAGGCAAAAACAAUUCGUCCCUUGUUUAAAUUCUACGGAGACCACAUGCUAGUAUUCAUACCUGCAGUUUGUACUCACUUGUUAGAUAUAGGUGUUAUGCACGAACCUUGUUGUCACGUGAUUACUAAGCCCCUUUUAACCGAUUUCGAAGUUCACACGAUUUGUCUGACGUCACUUGUUACUUUAGGGGGUGACCACGUGAUUAAUUUAGCGACUUUAGACUUAAUCGACAUGCACGUACCGACAAGUUUGCUUGUGCAAACUUUUAAAAGUGAUACAAUUAUGGGCAAUAAGUUGUCUAUAUUACAUUACCUGAUUUUGCAUAGGAGUGAGAUGGAGACUGUUUCUGACUUGAUAGCGUGGCAAGCCGAGAAACCGCUAAGCUUAGGCCUGCCUCAGCUAUUGAGGGAAUUUUUGAUAGGAAGUUCGUACGCUUCAGUACACAGGAAUUUGCCGUCCGAUGCCAGUCAUUUAGUAAAUUUAUUGCCUAUUACCACCCAACACAUGGGUAACGAGCUAGAAGUGAAAAUUAACGAUAAGAUGAUAUGUUUAUCGCAAGACGUCCUUUGGAAUGCCUCGAUGAUGUUACUCUCGCCGCAACAACGUAUAGUACCGUACAGGAGCGACAUCUGGGUGAAAUUAUGGGAGCAGUUGGCUAAAAUAUCGAAAGGGAAACAAAGAUUUAAGCCGAAUCAAGUGGUAGAGAAGUUGUUAGUAUCGUUAGUUUGUUACCAACCCGAGGCGUUGUCGAGAUCCAGCACUCCGAUGUCACCAAGUGGCUCCCUAGGGUCGUCCUCCGUACUUAACGAUUUCCUUUCAAUCGGUAACCAAUGUGGACGAAAAUCGCAAAUCGAUGCUUUACCGUUUUACGAGAUCGAAAGCUGCACGGCGAGCAAACAGGAACACAUAAUAUCAGUUAAUUUGCGCGAGCUCAGUAUGCACUUACUUAAACAAAGUGCUGAAAACAAGAUUAGUAAGUUUCAGUGGCAGUCACAGACUCCCAUGCAUGUUCACGCUGUGGCCACUAGAUAUAUCACAGCUCAGUUGGAACAGUCCAGACUUUUGUGCCAAAUUUUGUGUAAAGCCGCGACUUUUGAUCCACGACAAGAGCUAGACAAAGGUUUCGUUUACAUUGAGCAACUACAGGAAGAAAGACGUUUUAUUCUAUUUACAAUACUCGAAAGAUAUUACUUGUCUGUAGAAUCUAUAGCGUUCCCGUUACCUCAAGGAUUUACUUCGUUUUUCACGUUUCUGGGAUAUAAAACUUUGAAUUUUGAUAUGUUUCUGCAAUAUAUUCAGAGAAACGUGUUGGAAUUGCAGGUUGACGUCAUGAAAAUCAUCAUGGCAGAUAUUGAUAACAGUAAAAGUGGAUUGCACCAGAAACUAAAACUGCUCACACUUCUUCCGCGAUCCCGAGCGAAAAGACUUUUAAACCAGUGGAAUCACCCUGUUAGUUUAAUGCUACGAGGAAGAGAACACGCGCUGAAUAUUUUGUCUGGGGUUGAAACUGGUACCACAAGACUGCACGGAAUUCAAAAAAAUAAAGCUUUCAGAGGUCUGACGGCGUUUCCUUCCGGCGACCGAUUAUCCCCCCUGGACACAUUCCUCGAUUUGCUCACCGCCAAAGCAAGUUUGACAGAUCUAGAUUUUGGUUUACUGAUUGAAACAACAGAAACGUCAACUGAAGAAUUCAUGUGAUUUUAUUUAUAAUAAUAUUUUGAAAUACAUGUGACUAUGUACACUUAGAUCAGUUAUAAAAAGGAUUGUACGUGACCCAA